AGAAGAAGAAUUUCACAACUUUUUCGCGCGGUUAGCAUCCGCUCCUGCGCUUGUUGUUGUUAUUGAACCGGACGCUCCUGGCUGACAGCAGCCUGAGCCAUGAGCGAGUUCCGGAUCCACCACGACGUGAACGAGUUGCUCAGCCUGCUGCACGUCCGAGGAGGAGAUGGAGCCGAGGGCUACAUAGACCUCCUGCAGAAACACAGGACUCCAUAUGUCACCACCACGGUGUCGGCCCACAGUGCCAAGGUCAAAUUGGCCGAGUACUCCAAAACCCCCGAGGACUUCUUGAGGAAGUACGAGGAGCUCAAGUCCAAAAAUGUUCAAAACCUGGACCCUCUGCUUUACCUGCUCUCCAAACUCUCUGAGGACAAAGAGACGCUCCAGUUGCUGCAGCAGAAUGCCAAAGAGAGGUCGGAGUCGUCCGCCAACGCGGCGGCCACCGCAACGAGCAGCUACAGUCUGCCUCAGACCAGCACCAAGAUGUCCAUGCAGGAGCUGGACGAGCUGCGGAAGAAGCUCGGCAACAUGACGGCCAGCUCCAACGCGCCGCAGCCGGCUGAGGUCACGCGGAAGAUGCUGAGGGACAAACACAACAAGAAGAACCCCUCGCAGCCCAACCCCGUGUUCCCCAACUGGGUGUACGACCGGCCCGCUCUCCUCGGAGACUUCGUCACCGGCCCCGCUCCUCCAGGAGAUCCGGCGGCGGCCACCGGUACGAUGCCGCUGCCGGCGCAGGAAGAAGCCAUGGUGGACGAUCUGCUGUUCGUCCUGAUGGGCGUCGACGGUCAGAACAUCACAGCUCAGCCGGUCCUGGGCCGACAGAACCGCUCCUUCAUCGUGGACUCCACGCUGGACAUGUCCAUCAAAGAGCUGGUGAACCGGAUCCUGCCGGUGGCGUCGUACUACUCCACCGUGACACGCUUCAUCGAGGAGAAGUCGUCCUUCGAGUACGGCCAGGUGAACCACGCGCUGACGGCGGCCAUGCGGACCCUGAUGAAGGAGUACCUGAUCCUGGUCACGCAGCUGGAGCACCUGCAGCGGCAGGGCCUGCUGUCCCUGCAGAAGCUCUGGUUCUACAUCCAGCCCACCAUGAGGACCAUGGAGAUCCUGGCCUCCAUCGCGUCGUCGGUGGACAAAGGCGAGUGCAUGGGCGGCUCCACGCUGAGCCUCCUGCACGAGCGGACCUUCAACUACACGGGCGACCCUCAGGCCCAGGAGCUGUGCCUCUACCUCACCAAGGCCGCCAGCCUGCCCUACUUCGAGGUCCUGGAGAAGUGGAUCUACCGGGGCAUCAUCAAGGACCCCUACAGUGAGUUCAUGGUGGAGGAGCACGAGCUGCAGAAGGAGAAGAUUCAGGAGGACUACAACGACAAGUACUGGGACCAGAGGUACACGGUGGUGCAGCACCGCAUCCCCUCCUUCCUGCAGAAGAUGGCCGACAAAAUAUUGAGCACGGGGAAAUACCUGAAUGUGGUGCGUGAGUGCGGCCGCGAUGUGACGUGUCCCAACGCCAGAGAGGUGCUGUACACGCUGAAGGAGAGAGCCUACGUGGAGCAGAUCGAGAAGGCCUACAACUACGCCAGCAAGGUGCUGCUGGCCUUCCUCAUGGAGGAGAAGGAGCUGGUGGCACGCCUCAGGUCCAUCAAACACUACUUCCUGAUGGACAAAGGCGACUUCUUCGUGCACUUCAUGGACCUGACGGAGGAGGAGCUGAAGAAGCCGGUGGACGACAUCGUUCCCCCCAGACUGGAAGCCCUGCUGGAGCUCGCCCUGAGGAUGACCACGGCCAACACGGACCCCUUCAAAGACGACCUCAAGAUCGACCUCAUGCCGCACGACGUCAUCACUCAGCUGCUGCGGGUCCUCGCCAUCGAGACCAAGCAGGAGAAGGCCAUCACCAACGCGGACGCCGCGGACGCCACCCUCACCGGGCUGGAGGCCUUCUCCUUCGACUACAUCGUCAAGUGGCCGCUGUCGCUCAUCAUCAACAGGAAGGCGCUGACGAGGUACCAGAUGCUGUUCAGACAUCUUUUCUACUGCAAACACGUCGAGAGGCUGCUCUGCAGCGUGUGGAUCAGCAACAAGGACUUCAAGCUCUACUCGUCUCACUGCGCCAAAUGGUUCGCCGCCGCCUUCGCCCUGCGGCAGCGCAUGCUGAACUUCGUGCAGAACAUCCAGUACUACAUGAUGUUCGAGGUGAUGGAGCCCACGUGGCACGUCAUGGAGAGCAACCUGAAGACGGCCUCGAACAUCGACGACGUGCUCUGCCAUCACACCAGCUUCCUGGACAACUGCCUGAAGGACUGCAUGCUGACCAACCCCGAGCUGCUCAGGAUCUUCUCCAAGCUCAUGUCCGUCUGCGUCAUGUUCACCAGCUGCAUGGAGCGCUUCACUCAGAGCUUGAGGUCGGAGCUCCUCUCUCAGGAGCAGGCGGCGGUGGACGUUCCCACGCAGAGCGAACACGCCGAGGAGGCCGAGAAGAAGAGGCCGACCACUCAGUUGUUCGCGGAGCACGCCGACGGCCACCAGCUGGACGCCGGCUUCAAAGCCGCCGUGGGCAAGUUCGACAGCAACUUCAACACGCUGCUGCUGGACCUGCUGGACAAGCUGAGCAUCUACAGCACCAACGACUGCGAGCACAGCAUGAUCAGCAUCAUCUACAGGUUGGAUUUCAACGGGUUCUACACCGAGCAGCUGGAGAAGAUGGCUAUAGAGCGGAGUCAGAAAGCAUCCGCGUAGCGUGAAAAACACAACAAAAACACAACAAAAACACAAUAAAAACACAAUAAAAACGUAUGUUCAAACCAAA